UUCCCGAAUCAACCUAGCCCGAGGCAUGUGACUCAGAGCCUAACAAUCACCUGACGUAACCGUUCGAUAGUAGCGAGAUAGGCAGAUCGAUCCGAUCCACUCUGUCCUCCCUUCCUCCGUCCUUACGAGGUCCAGAAAGAGCUUGAAACAUCUCAACUCUCAAGGAAUUUCAUCGGGCUUUUCUGAUCAAUCGCUCCCGGUCAUAUCAUGACAAAGUCAGGCCGUCUGCAGAUGGCGAUGCAUGCGACCGUACCUGAUGGGAAUUGAUGGCACGUGCCCAUGCCCCGCUGUCGGCUCCCCAUCGGGCUUAGCUCCCUAGCUAUCCUCCGACUCUUCGGCCGCUUUUCCUUCUUUUGCUUCUCUUUCCCUCGGCUCUCUUCUUCUUCCUCUGUCCUUUCUCGACCUGCUUCCUGGCAUGGGUGCCCCGAUUCAGCUCCAGGUCUGAACCAUGAGCUCCAGGACCUUGACGGGGCUGCGGACGGCCAACCGUGCCGCCCUGGGCGGUGGCCCGCCGAGUCGAGGCCUUUCCUCCGUCUCCGGUCGGCAUGUUCAGCAAAGUGCCGACUUCUCCUCCAGCUGCAAAACCCAGGAUCGGUUGGGUCGCCGCGCCAAGGAGAAGCUUCUUGAUCGGGAAUUCUUCCUUAGCCUGUUGAAUUCGGCGUCAACGAAACGAGAGGCCAAAUCCUAUCUAGCCCGUCUGAAAGCUCAACACCAAGAGAAACCACAGCUAACGCCGACUGCCAAGCAAGCAGAAGUCCCCGAGGUGACGCUCCCAGCGUCAUCAGGCGUCAACUCCAGGUCCUUCUAUGGCGCCUCUCGGUCCGUCUACGAUAGCCCCGUCUUCAGGCACGAUUCAACCCCGACGCCGCCUCCCCAAGACGUGUCCGAACGCCUGCACCUCGCAUUGGUCAAGAUCACCACCCCGCAGCUUCUCGAUGACCCUACACUCAAUGGCGUCGCCAAAACCUUGUCGCAGUUGAACCGCUUGGGCAUGGCUUGCUGUGUGGUGGUGGACCCGGGGGCGGCGGACAAUACCAAUGAGUUGCGCAGGAUUGCGUCGGAGCAGGCAGACCGCAUUUCGACGGCCAUUGAUGCCCAGCCGGAUUCGAAAUCGGCCCAUGUCGACUCGGUCUUGUCCGUCUGCUCGGUAAAUCCGGUGAUGCCAAAAGUCCUAUCUCGAAAGGCCCUUCUAGGGCCGUUACGAGAUGGCCAGAUCGUUGUCGUGGCCCCGAUUGCCUAUACCGAGGACGUUCCUCGGGCGGUAACCGUCUCUGCCAACGAUGCCGUCCUGGCUCUGACGAAAGAGCUUGCCGGCUUGGCGACAGUCCCCGAUCCCGAUGAAGACCCUUUACUUACUGCUCAGCGCAUCACCGGCCUGCAGAAGGAGGUGUCAUUAGAUCGAGUGAUUCUUUUGGACCCUCUCGGAGGCAUCCCUGCUUUCAGUGGGCCUCAGACGUCCCACGUUUUCAUCAACAUGGAACAGGAGUAUGGUGAUAUUGAAAAUGAAUUGCUGCGGGUGUGGCAGUCGGCGGCGUCGGCAAAGAACAAUCUCCCCGAAGAAGGCCUCCCGUCGAUUGCCGACAGCAAUCCGUUCUCCAAGUUCGCUGACUCGGAAGUCGUCCCCGUGCCUCCUAGUCAGAAACCCUAUUCGGCGGACCUGGUGUUGGACGCGGGCGUUGUUGAAGGUCACAUAGAUAACCUACGACUAAGCCAAGCCACACUAGCGAUGCUACCCUCGGCAUCGUCGGGGAUCAUCACCUCCCCCCUCGAAGUGGCAAGCUCAGCACAGAGUCCCGAGAGCGCCAGUCCCGAUGUGUCGGCGGUCGGAACUCGAAGACAGAGGAACCCACUGAUUCAUAACCUACUGACCGACAAGCCAUUACUCUCGUCUUCCCUACCACUCAGCAGACGCGCAGCCAUGAACGGCCGGGACUCGGUUACUGCGCAUGGCUCCCAUACCACUUUUGUCAAGCGAGGCAUGCCGCUUACCAUCAUCCCCAACCCUUGGGUGUCGGCUUGGACGGCCCAAAAUCGGCCGCGCCUGGGGCUCGAUGAUCCUUCCAUCGACCUGCCGCGACUUGUCCAUCUGAUCGAAGACUCCUUCAAUCGCAAGCUUGACGUGCAAGACUACCUGGAUCGAGUCAAUGGUCGCCUGGCUGGGCUCAUAAUUGCGGGAGAGUAUGAGGGAGGCGCCAUAUUGACGUGGGAGCUCCCUCCCGGCGUCGAGGAUGACGGGAGCGAGGCGAGCCAAGCUCGCAUGGUUCCGUAUCUUGAUAAGUUUGCGGUGUUGAAGCGCAGUCAAGGCGCCGGGGGCGUGGCGGACAUUGUGUUCAAUGCCAUGGUGCGCUCUUGUUUCCCGAACGGUGUGUGCUGGCGCAGCCGCAAGGACAAUCCGGUCAACAAGUGGUACUUCGAGCGGUCGCAGGGAACAUGGAAGCUGGCCGAUACGAACUGGACCAUGUUCUGGACCACCCCUGGACUGACGGAGGAUGCGCAAAAGUUUCGGGAUUACGAGGGCGUGUGUCGUAGUAUCCAGCCGAGCUGGGCCGACGACACGGGAGUUGUUGAUUGAAUGACAGAUCCUAUCUACGUGUAUAUACCCAUAACGGAUGGCGUUUGUCCCUUUGUGUGAUAUUGUUCUGUAUAUAGAGGCAGUCAUCCGGUGACUCGAUGACUUCACUCGUGCUUACAGUCCGCCGAGUUUCUUAUCCUCCCGUCCUCUGGGACAUCAUACAUUGCGCUUGUGUGCAAACAUCACCGCCAAUCGGCCCCAAAGCCACCCACGGAACGUUAUCCGUUGCGC